GAUAUCGGGAAAAUCGCCCGAGUGCAAACGGCAAUGUUCGAUCCAUUAGUAAAUAUUACGAUUGGGGUGGUCGAUGGCAUCAACUCCAGCUCGUUUUUCCAGAGAAAAUGGGAUGCGUUCCUCGAUGUUGUUGGCGAUGACCCGGAUUUCAUCUACUUUUGGUGCCUAACUAUAUGGACCUACGGCCUCUUCUGGACCAUUGGUGGCAUUUUCGUGUUCAUGGACAUCACCAACAAGCCGAAAUUCAUGCGCAAGUACAAAAACCAACCCGGAACACACGAGCCACUGGAAUGGAGCAAACUGAAGCCAUUGCUAAAGACCGUUAUCAUCAAUCAGCUGGUGUUUGGAAUCCCGACGUCCUACUUAUCGUACCAUGGCCGGAAAUGGCUUUCCAUGGAUCUACCAGAAUUGCGACCACUCCCGUCGUUUGAGCUCAUCAUUCGGGACUUAUUGGUGUGCAUCUUGACCUGGGAAGUCACCUUCUACUACAGCCACCGACUGCUGCAUGCCAACUUCUGGUACAAGUACAUCCACAAGAAGCACCACGAGUGGCCGGCACCGAUCGCCUGGGCCGCCAUGUACGCCCAUCCAUUCGAGUUCAUCAUCAGUGAUCUGCUGCCGGUGUACAUUGGACCCGCUAUCAUGGCUUGCCAUCCAGUGACGAUCGCCAUCUGGUUCGUGUUUGUCAUGAUGGACACCCUGGUUGACCAUUCCGGUUAUCACCUGCCAGUGCUUGGAAGCUCCGAACAGCACGAUUAUCAUCAUUUGAAAUUCAACCAGUGCUACGGACUCUUCGGUUGGUGGGACACCCUGCAUGGUACGAACGAAGAAUUCCGCAAGAAAAAGCAACACCUACGGAACAAGAGAAUAUUCUCCCUGAAGUCAGCACGUGAGCUGAUUCCAGACGAGUAGACUGGAGUAUUAUACUUAGGGAUGGAGGAAUCAUGAUGAGUUGUCACCCAAAAAAAAAGAAGAAAAACAUAACUAGUUUAACUAAACACGAAUGGUGGUAACGUUAUGGUGAAGUUGUUGCUCAAAUAGCUAUGUAGUUAUAGACAUUUCAUUAAACUAGAGAAGUCAUAGUAACCAAUAUGCUGAGAAUAUAACAGUUUGCAAGGCAACAACAGCAUCUAUACGCAAGCGAUAUGGAAUGUCACUUGUGAAAAAAUCGUAAUGUAUAGGAAGAAAGAACUAGUCUUGUAAGCUUGUAGGGUAAGAUUUACUGAUGGUCUGAUGGUAACACAUUACCUCUGUGUUAUAGGUAGAUGAAUGUUGUGGAAAUAAAGACUCACUAAG